GCGCUACUUUCUGUUCGCGUCGGCGGAGAGGCCGCGACGACCGCAUCAGAGCUGACGUGGGUGCGACGUGGGGCCGCCGUCGCCGGGUUGCCUGGGCGGCGGCCGUCGGGCUCUGCGUCCCCACCUCCUCCCGUCCGUAAUCAGUGACGAGCCCGCUACGUAAACCCUUCGCGGCGGGAUAAAUAAAGAAGAAAACAGGGAAGGAGCAAAACAUUAAUUACACAUGUAAUAAUAAUGAGCAAAUGUGGCAGGAAAAAGUAUAUGAGGACAAAUGUAAGGCAAAUGACCAUGGAAACAAUUGAAUCAGAACAGCAUCGAAGUGUAAUACACUCUGGGGCAGAGCACAGCUCUGCUCAUAUGCAGACUGGACAAAUUUCUGUUCCUACUCUAGCUCAGGUUUCUGUAGCUGGAGCAGGCACGGGAAGAGGCUCCCCAGCUGUGACUCUAGUACAGUUACCUUCAGGCCAGACUGUGCAGGUCCAGGGAGUAAUUCAGACACCACAAGUACAAACUGUGCAGGUAGCAACAAUUGCAGAGACAGAUGAUUCUGCAGAAUCAGAAGUAAUCGAUUCUCAUAAACGUAGAGAAAUUCUUUCACGAAGACCCUCAUAUAGAAAAAUACUGAAUGAACUUUCCUCUGAUGUGCCUGGUAUCCCCAAGAUUGAAGAAGAAAAAUCAGAGGAAGAAGGAACACCACCUAACAUUGCUACCAUGGCAGUACCAACUAGCAUAUAUCAGACUAGCACGGGGCAAUACAUUGCUAUAGCCCAAGGUGGAACAAUCCAGAUUUCUAACCCAGGAACUGAUGGUGUUCAGGGACUCCAGGCAUUAACAAUGACAAAUUCAGGAGCUCCUCCGCCAGGUGCUACAAUUGUACAGUAUGCAGCACAAUCAGCCGAUGGCACACAGCAGUUCUUUGUCCCAGGCAGCCAGGUUGUUGUUCAAGCUGCCACAGGUGACAUGCCAACUUACCAGAUCCGGGCUCCUACUACUGCUUUGCCACAAGGAGUGGUGAUGGCUGCCUCACCAGGAAGUCUGCACAGUCCCCAGCAGCUAGCAGAAGAAGCAACUCGCAAGCGGGAGCUGAGGCUGAUGAAAAACAGGGAAGCUGCCCGGGAGUGUCGCAGGAAGAAGAAAGAAUAUGUCAAAUGUCUUGAAAAUCGUGUGGCUGUGCUUGAAAAUCAAAACAAGACUCUCAUUGAGGAACUCAAGGCCCUCAAAGAUCUUUAUUGCCAUAAAGCAGAGUAACUGUGUUUGACUUGGACCUUGUUUACUGUGAACUCUAAUCGAGGCAGGCGAUGCAACAUCCUCCUAAUGGCCGUGUGGACUUGUAGAUGGGUCACUUAACCCUUGCUUAAGAAUCCAGUUUGGUUUAGGGUGUGAAUUGGGAAUACUGUUCCAUUGGUUGCAAUGCAGCUCUGCUCACAUUACCAAGCUUGCUUUAUUGUCAAUCGCAUGCAAUAUAUGUUUUGUUUGCCCUUCUGCUUCUACUUUUUCCAGGGAAGCUGCUAAAGAAUGUCGACGUCGAAAGAAAGAAUAUGUAAAGUGUCUGGAGAGUCGAGUUGCAGUGCUGGAAGUUCAGAACAAGAAGCUCAUAGAGGAACUUGAAACCUUGAAAGACAUUUGCUCUCCCAAAACAGAUUAGUAGAAAUAUUUAACUAUGAACUGAUUACAGCAUGUACAGUUGCUUUUGAAUGCAAUACAAUAUAUAGCCGGCAAGAAUUAUGGCUUUUUCCUUUGUAUCAUUCAUCUGACUUUCUAAUAUCUAACAUUCCUAAAAUACUUUAUUGUAUUUAAUUAGCUCUUACCUCUAAGGUCAAUUUUUCUUAGAAGAGACAAACUGUAAAAAAAUGUAUGUAACAAAUUCUUAAAAUGAAUUAUUUGUAAGACUUGUUUCAGUGCAGCAUAUUUGCAGUUCCCAGUCUCUCUGUCAUGAAUAGUGUUCUAUGCAAUAAAAAUUUUGCAGGUUUUAAGAACCAUUUUAGGAAAGGAUGAUCAAAGGCAGUGAGUGCAUCCAGCAGUACAAUAAAUCAAACCGCAGAAAUACCUCAGGACAGAAUGAGAGGAAAUGUAUCUUAAUGACACGGCUAUGUGAGAAGAAUGGCCUAGAAAUGAAUUUGUGCAUUUAUAGAUUUUUAUAAUCGUCACUUUGUAAAGAAAAUAUUGUAUUGCUGUCCUUGAAUGCCAUAGUUGAAGACAGUUUUCAAUAGAACCAUGUUGGUCGCUC